AGGAUCGCGCCGCCAAAGAAGUGGCCGAUCUAUGGCGAGCUGCUCCUGGACAGGAGGCGGACACGGCCGUGAUUUGGCUCCAUCAUCAAGGUGAGUCGGAGGCCAUGCAGCAGAUGAUGUUUGGAGAUCUGGAGAUCCCCAGUGCAGGGCGUGUGCGAUGGCUGUGGCCGCGCGCGCCAAUGCAGCCCAGCAGCAUUCGGGGCCACUCGCUGGUCCUGCAGUGGUUCGACGUCAAGGAGUAUCCCAUUUGCCGAAGAGUGCGUGGGGUUCCUGAUCGACCGCGAAAGGAUGAGGAGCCCGAGGACGUGCAGAGAGCCGUGCAGCGCAUUGAGGCGAUGGUCAAAGCUCUGGAGGUGGAAGGUCUGCCACGGCAUCGCAUCUUGCUGGGUGGCUUUGGUAUGGGAGGCGCUUUGGCUCUCAAGACGGUGCUUCAAUCGAGGACGCCCUUCGCGGGAGGCGUGAUUUGCAGCGCUUGGUUGCCCUGUCAGGAGGAGUUGGAGGAUCGGCUGCGGGAAGGCGGCAUCACAACGGAACUCCUGUGGUGCCACGGUGCCCGGGAUGGCGUGGUGGAGCCAACCUUGGCGGCAGAACAAGCCAAGAUGUUGAAGGAGGUGGGAGCUCAGCUGCAGUUUCAGCUGUACCCUGAAAUGCAGUUCGAGUUGUCCGCCGAGCCACUCAGCGCGGUGCGCGGCUUCAUGGUGAAGUGCCUGGCGCUGGAGGAGACGCUGGAGGAGCCAUCCUGAGCGCGCGGGAGGGUUAUCAGCCCCGAAGAGACCAUGGUGGAUG